UUAAUUAGGUAGUGAGUUUUCUAAUGGGCAGGAACAUCCCAGUUAAAACUGGAGAAGUAUCUGAAGGAUUUGAGAACGGGACUUUUAUUUUGGUCUGGUGAUGUGACGUCAUCAGGCUGCGCCGCGCUCCUGCGUCUCUGCUGAAGAAAGAUUUGUGUUUCAAAACAUGUCAGUUGUUUAAAUAAGUGCACAAUUCAGUUUUAUAACGUUUGAAAGCUGUGUGAAAAACUAAAUUAUUAUUGGACGUAACAGCGAGGGAUGUUAUUGUUUGUGAGAUCAUAGUGAACACAAACUCGGUCGCUGACCUGAUGCUGCAUGAAAUGGAUGAAACGGACGAGAAACAUCUUGAUUUCAUAACUGCAGACAAAUCUUUGAUCUGCUCACAGACUGAAAAGUCCAAAAAAACGUUUUCUUCUCACAAAAGAGCCCAAAAGACAAGAGCUAGAAGUCAUUUCACCUGCUCUCAGUGUGGAAAAAGCUUCAAACAAAAAGAAAACCUUAAAGUCCACAUGAGAACUCACACCGGAGAGAAACCUUUCACCUGUCAACAGUGUGGGAAGAGCUUCACUCAAAAAGUAAGCCUUACAUUUCAUAUGAAAGUUCACACAGGAGAGACCCCUUACUCCUGCCAACAGUGUGGAAAUCGCUUCACUGAGAAGAGAAGCCUUGAAAUCCACACGAGGAUUCACACCGGAGAGAAACCGUACUCCUGCAAAGUGUGUGGAAGACGCUUCAUUCGAAGGGAAGACCUUAAAAGCCACGUGAGAGUUCACACCGGAGAGAAGCCCUUCGCCUGUCAACAGUGUGGAAAGAGCUUCACGCAGAAAGGAAACCUCUCGACUCACAUGAGAAUACACACCGGAGAAAAGCCAUUCGUUUGUGUUCAGUGUGGCAGCAGUUUCAGAAGUAAAGCAAACUUUAAUGUGCACAUGAUAAAACACUCGUGAAAGCUGUCAUCAGUGUGGAAGGAGGUUCAGAUACAGGACACCUUUCGCUCGCUCCUCGUGGCUCCGCCCCCUCCACUGACUCCGCCUGGAUUCUAGCUCUGUUGAUUUCGCUCAGCUCCUCGGCUCCUUCCACUCUGACCUGACCCUCGGAUCACAUGCCUCCGCCUCAGUCUUCUGGACCAAAACACAAUCUCUGUUUGCUAACAGUCAUGGCCAAAAAUAUUGGCACCCUUGGUAAAUAUGAUCAAAGGCGGCUGUGAAAAUUAAUCUGUAUUGUUAAUCCUUUUGAUGUUUUUAUUUAAAAAUUCACAAUCUAACCUUUCAUUGGACAGUAAUCAUUUAAAAUGGGGAGAAAUAUCAUUAUGAAAUAAAUGUUUUUCUCUAAUACACAUUGGCCACAAUGAAACCUCCAUUUGCCAGUUUAACAGCUCUAAAUGUUCUCCUAUAAUGCCUGAUGAGGAGAGACACCUGACAAGAGAUCAGAGACCAUUCCUUCAUCCAGAAUCACUCCAGACCCUUUAGAUUCACAGCUUCUUCUCUUCAGGUCACUCAUGUUCUACAGGGUUCAGGUCAGAGGACUGGAAUGACCAGCAGAAGCUUGGUUUUGUGCUCAG